AUGCUCGCCAAAAAUAAAUGCACUAGAAUUGCUGAUCCCCGCACCUGUCCAGUCACGUACAAGUCACUAGGCGGCUAUUCUAGGCGCUUAUCGACGCCCACUUGCAAAUUCAAGGGUGCGCGUGUGUGCAUUCAGGCUCGUGCGGGUGGAGGGGGUGGGAAGGUGAGGGAGCACAAAUGGACCAAUAACGUUGCGAGAAUCGGAUGCACGAUUGCUAUUAGUCUUCGUGGCAGUGGUAGUGCAUCACUCCCGCUCGAUGAGAGCAUUAGCGAGGUUAGGCUGAAGAUGGAGGAGGAUGCGCGCAAGCGCAAAGAGCGUGCAGAAGAGGAGUGGAGGGAAUAUGAGGAAAUCCGUCGCGCUGAACGUGAAAAGGAAGAGGAGGAAAUCAGGCAGCUCCGUGAACGCCGUGAGCGUCGCAAGAAGGAGCGUGCUGAAGAGGAAGCUCGCAUGGCCGAAGCUCGCGCCAUCGAGGAACAGAAAAGACGCGCUGAAGAAGAAGAGCGUACUCGCAAGAAGAGAGAGGAGGAGCAGCGUAAGCGUGAGGAGCGUGAGCGCAAACGUGCCGAGUUCGCCGAAAAGUCAAAGCUGACCACACGCCGCAAUUUCGUCAUCAACAAGAAGCCUGGCUCUGUGGAACAAGUUGAGGAAGUCAAACACGAAGAGGUACAAAAGUCAAAAGAGCAGCUGGAGGCUGAGAGAAAGGCGAUUCUGGAGCAGCGUAUCCAACCCCUCCAAAUUGAUGGCUUGAAUGGUGAACAACUGCGCGCCAAGGCCAAGGAGCUUAACGACAUCAUUCUGAGACUUGAGGGUGACAAAUACGACCUCGAGCAGCGUUUCAGUCGUCAAAGCUAUGACGCAAGUUUCCAAUUGGACAAACGUGGAACUAAGGUGCAGAAUACACCUGAUCCACUCGCUGCGAAAAUCAGCGGUCUUCCACCAAAGAUCUCCAUGUACAGCGAGUACGAGCGUGUGAAGGACCACCGUAGCUUUAGCGAGCGUCAGGGUGUCUUCAGCGGUCCCCUUUUCGUGGAGAGGUAUGAGAGAAUCGAGCCCAAGGUCCACGUGGUGAUGACGGAGGACGGCUUCCAGGUUGGCGAUGCUCCUCAUCACCCGCAGCCUCCCGCCGAAACCGAGGCCCCUGCUGAGCCAACUGAACCUGUUGCUGUCACCGCAGAAUAG